AAACCAAUGGAAUUUUUCUUCGUCUUUUUUUUCUUGCUUAUGAAUCAUUAUUAGAGAAGAGUUAAUUGUUUAAGCCGGAGGAUGAAGAGCUUUUGUUGUCGUUUUAUCGAGUUAUUUUUGAAGUGAUUUGUUGAUAAUAAUAAUUUCCAAGAAGUGAGUGGAGGUGGAGAAAAAAAAAGUUUAGUUUCCAUGUGUCUGUGAAUUUGGAGAGACUUGCUAAUACUGUUGCGGGAUUGUACUAUUUUUUUUUUUGCAAUCUUGUGAGAAGGCGACAAUAUGUUGGCGUUGAUCAACAGAAUUCUUGACUGGUUCAAGUCACUUUUUUGGAAGGAGGAGAUGGAGUUAACACUCGUCGGCCUACAGUACAGUGGAAAAACCACUUUCGUUAAUGUCAUUGCGUCUGGGCAGUUCAGCGAGGAUAUGAUUCCCACAGUAGGCUUCAAUAUGCGUAAGAUAACGAAAGGAAACGUCACUAUCAAAGUCUGGGAUAUUGGUGGCCAGCCGAGAUUCAGAUCCAUGUGGGAGAGAUAUUGCAGAGGUGUCAAUGCCAUUGUUUACAUGGUGGAUGCCGCUGAUUCAGAGAAAAUUGAAGCUAGUCGCAAUGAGUUGCACAAUCUGUUGGACAAGCCACAGUUGUCAGGAAUACCAGUUUUAGUGCUCGGGAAUAAGAGAGAUUUACCACAUGCUUUGGAUGAGAAUGGACUUAUAGAUAGAAUGAAUCUCUCUGCAAUCCAGGAUCGUGAAAUCUGCUGUUACAGUAUUUCAUGCAAAGAAAAGGACAACAUUGAUAUCACCCUUCAGUGGCUUAUAGCUCACUCAAAAGGUGGUGUUCGUUAAUUUCCAUCAGGACUUCUCAUCACAAAUCAAUAUAUAAUAAAAAUUGAUGAAAAAACAUAUACCAUGGGCGUAAUGAAAAAGCUCGGGAACAAUGGGGCACACAUUCGGGGAUGUUUGUGAUUCAUUUAGUUUUAUAGUGCAUCAAAUAGCGUAGGGGAAAGAUUAAUAUGUGGUAUAAAAAAAAAUUCAUUUUCUUCUCGCUUAAAAUCGUGAUCGAAGGAUGCUAAAUACUGAAAUCAAUUUUUUAAUGAAGGAGAAGAAUUGCUUAAGUGAUGAAGCUCAUAUU